AUGAUCAAUGCAUUCCUAGUCUUCAACGGCCAGGGUCAACCCCGCCUAACCAAGUUCUACACCCAACUAGAGACCAGCAUCCAGCAGCGAUUGAUAUCAGAGAUCUUCACGCUCGUGUCCAACCGACCGUCCGGGUCCUGCAACUUCCUGCCCCUCCCGCCGCUCCUCGCCGCCUCGGGCACCUCCCGCACCUCCUCCGAGGAGCAGCACGACGUCCCCUCCCUCGUCACGUACCGCCACUACGCGACCCUCUUCUUCAUCAUAAUCUCCACGUCGACCGAGUCGCCGCUGGCCCUCAUCGACCUGAUACAGGUCUACGUCGAGGCCCUGGACCGGCUGUUCGAGAACGUGUGCGAGCUGGACCUCAUCUUCAACUUCGAGUCGCUGCACGCCACGCUCUCCGAGAUGAUCAUCGGCGGGGUCGUCGUGGAGACGAACCUCGACCGGAUCGUGGCGGGAGUCAAGGCGCAGGGCACCGUGGCGAAGCGGCCGGUCAACGAGGGCCGCGGGGCUGGGAUCGGCGCGGGGCUCGGCAUGGGGACGAACUUUGCAUGGACGGGCAGGUGA